GCAGACAAACUCUCAAAGCUAAAAAGUGGACUACUAUCUCAGCAGAAUACAUUUGUACGCCAAGCUCAGCUGAACCAGGCAUCCGUUCGGGCCAGCUUUCGGGUUGCUAAACUGAUAGCAAGAAGCGGUAAGCCUUUCACUGACGGAGAGUUUGUUAAGAAAUGUAUGGAUGCUGUCGCGGAGGAGGUGUGUCCCGAGAAGAAAGAUGCAUUUAAUGCCGUAAGUCUGUCGGCGAGUACAAUCACCAGACGCGUUGAAGAAAUCGGGAGUAAUGUAUAUGCCCAGCUGCAGCAGAAGACGAAAGAAUUUGACUUUUUUUCAUUAGCACUGGAUGAGAGCACGGACGUGCAAGACACAGCGCAACUGCUCAUUUUUAUUCGUGGAGUUAGCGCAAACUUUGAGAUAUGCGAGGAGCUGGCAGCCCUCCAAAGUCUCAAAGGGACUACAACGGGAGAGGAUAUUUUUGACAAAGUGUGCCAAACCAUGGAGAAGUUGGACCUGGACUGGUCAAAGCUAGCUAGCAUCACGACUGACGGGGCUCCUAGCAUGGUGGGCGAAACUCGCGGUCUAAUAGGACGCAUGAACCGGGAGUUGGAAAAAAGGGGUCUCACCGCCCCGCUACGAGUCCACUGCCUAAUUCACCAGCAAGCACUGUGCUGCAAAGUGUUGAAGUGGGAUUCUGUAAUGAAGGUUGUGGUGUCGUGCAUAAACUUCAUCAGAGCAAAGGGACUUAAACACAGGCAGUUCCAAGAAUUCCUGUCUGAACUGGAGUCUACGCACGGAGAUGUGCUGUACUACACAGAGGUCCGAUGGCUGAGCCGGGGCAGAGUUUUGAGGCGUUUUUACGAGCUGCUACCCGAAAUUAACGCAUUUCUUCAUUUAAAAGACAAAACGGUCCCAGAGCUGAUCGACCCAGAAUGGAAAUGGCACCUCGCAUUUUUAACAGACGUGACAGAAAUACUUAACAGCCUUAACUUGCAGCUACAAGGCGAGGGGAAACUCAUUUGCGACAUGUAUUCACACAUAAAAGCAUUUGAGGUGAAAUUAGCGCUGCUUUUGGAACAAGUGAAAAAGCGCAACUUCGUCCAUCUUCCUGCUACCCAAAACCUGUCGACAGAGAACCCAGCGGUCCCGUUCCCAGCUGAAAAGUGCGUGGAAGCACUGGAAAUGCUGAAGGCGGAGUUCGGUGUGCGAUUCAGUGAACUACAUGUUCAUGCAAAAGAAAUCCGUCUUUUUCAGAACCCCUUUGUUGCCGACAUUGAUGAAGCCCAGCCUUCAUAUCAGUUUGAGUUGGCUGAGUUACAGAACUGUGAUGUUCUGAAAGACGCAUUCAAGCCCAACAGUCUCAUUGACUUCUAUGCCGCCCUCCCAAACGACACAUAUCCAAACAUCAAAAAACACGCAAUGAAAAUGUCCACAGUUUUUGGCAGCACGUAUAUCUGCGAGAAAACCUUUUCUCGCAUGAAACUGCUGAAAACCCCGAUGAGAUCAAGAUUGACAGAUGAACAUUUGCAUCAGUGCUUGAGACUGGCUGUAACUAGAAUGGAACCUGAUAUUCAACUUCUCACCAGCCAGAUGCAGGCCCACAGUUCACACUGAUGAACAUACAUAGGGAAGUUGAUGAGAGAGAGCUGCAAACAGCGGUGUCUACAAGCCUACUGGAACCUACAAAAGGAUUAUAAGGAAGGAACACAAGAACUUUAAGAGACUGCUCAUAUGUGUCAGAGAGAUUCUGCUCUGACAACUGAGCUGAACUUUAUCUGUUAAGAUUGUGCAUGGCACGACAGAAAGUUAAUGUUCCAUGGCUUUUUUUUCUAUGAAGAACCCAGAGAGAGUUAUUUAGUUAUUAUUUAUUUCCUGUUUUUUUCUGUGAAGAACUCAGAGAGGGUUAUUUAGUUAUUAUUUAUUUCAUUAAUAGUGUUAUUAUUUGUUUCCUGACUUUUUUUCUGUAAAGAACCUGGAAAGGGUUAUUUGGUUAUGUGUGGCUUUCUGGAAAACAAUACAUUUUUUAAGCUCCCCUACGAUCGUCACACUUUUUCUGUUACAAACUGACACCGGCCCCCCAUCAGAGAAGGGAAAAGUUAUGUGGCCCUCACAGGAAAAAGUUUGGGGA